AUGUCAGAAUAUUCUUCUCAUACAGUAGCCCAAUUAAAGGAUAUAUUGAAGUCAAAGGGCUUAUCAACAGAUGGGAAAAAAGCAGAUCUCGUUGAAAGAUUAGUUGAAAAUGACAAUAACUUAGCUAACGAGAAGGAAGAACAACCUGUCGAAGAAGAGAAGAAAUCUGAGCCAAGUGGCGAGAAAGAAGCUGAAGAGGAAGCUACUUUGACAGUCAAGCAGCCUGAGGAAAAGGAAAACGAGAAGCCGAAGGAAAAACCUGAACCUAAAGUAUUGGGCCCUGAAGAGAGAAAGCAAUUGGCAGUGGACUUGUUGACUAAAAAAAUCCAACGGGCACAGAAGUUUGGCGAUGAAGCAGCUGCUGAGGCUGCAAGGAAAGAUUUGGUCAGAAUAGAGAAAUUUGGAGUUGAGCCAGGUACAGCAGUGGCCAAAGAAAUUGGUUUAGUUGAUAAAAGCUUUAAUAAAGGACUUAAAUCUUACGGUAGCAACAAGAAUUACAAAAAGAAUUUCAAAAGACCAUUCAAAUCUUACGGUAAGAAGUUCAAUGGUAAACAUAAAUACUAG